UUUGUGCUGUUUUCAUAGGCUCUUGAAGCAAUAGGCUGUGGGGUUUUGAUCCCGCCCAGAACACUUCAGUUCUGCUCUACGAAGAUAUAUAAUACUGGUUUUAUCUGCCCACUUAAGAAUAAAAGGUAAUGGAGACUGAACAGCAGGAGGAGACCUUUACCAACACAGAGACAAAUGACCUGUCUACAGGCAAACGCCCUGCAGAAGACAUGGAAGAAGAGCAGGCCUUCAAAAGAUCUCGAAAUACUGAUGAGAUGGUUGAAUUACGCAUCCUGCUUCAGAGCAAAAAUGCUGGAGCAGUGAUUGGAAAAGGUGGCAAAAAUAUUAAGGCACUUCGUACAGACUACAAUGCCAGUGUUUCAGUCCCAGACAGCAGUGGCCCCGAGCGCAUCUUGAGUAUAAGUGCAGAUAUAGAGACAAUUGGAGAAAUCUUGAAGAAGAUUAUCCCUACUUUGGAAGAGUAUCAACACUACAAAGGCAGUGACUUCGACUGCGAGUUAAGACUUCUAAUUCACCAGAGUCUGGCAGGAGGCAUUAUUGGUGUCAAGGGUGCUAAAAUCAAAGAACUCAGAGAGAACACUCAGACCACCAUUAAGCUCUUCCAAGAGUGUUGUCCUCAUUCCACUGACAGAGUGGUGCUUAUUGGAGGAAAACCAGAUAGAGUUGUGGAAUGUAUCAAGAUUAUCCUGGAUCUUAUCUCUGAGUCUCCAAUUAAAGGACGAGCUCAGCCUUACGAUCCCAAUUUCUAUGAUGAAACAUACGAUUAUGGUGGCUUCACAAUGAUGUUUGAUGAUAGAAGGGGACGUCCUGUAGGCUUUCCAAUGCGUGGAAGAGGAGGUUUUGAUCGAAUGCCUCCUGGUCGUGGUGGACGACCCAUGCCACCAUCAAGAAGAGACUAUGAUGAUAUGAGCCCUCGCAGAGGACCUCCACCACCGCCCCCUGGUCGUGGGGGCAGAGGUGGCAGCAGAGCUCGUAAUCUUCCCCUUCCUCCUCCACCUCCUCCUCGCGGCGGAGAUCUCAUGUCUUAUGACCGAAGGGGCAGACCUGGAGACCGUUACGAUGGAAUGAUGAUGCAGUGUCAUGUGGAUGCCUGUGAUGACAUGCAACCACCAGAACUGUUUGAAGGUGGCUCUGGAUAUGACUAUUCUUAUGCAGGGGGCCGUGGGUCAUAUGGAGAUCUUGGUGGACCCAUCAUCACAACACAAGUAACAAUUCCAAAAGAUUUGGCUGGAUCUAUAAUUGGAAAGGGAGGCCAGAGAAUCAAACAAAUACGUCAUGAGUCAGGAGCUUCGAUCAAAAUUGAUGAACCAUUAGAAGGCUCAGAAGAUCGGAUAAUAACUAUUACGGGAACACAGGACCAGAUACAAAAUGCACAGUAUUUACUGCAGAACAGUGUGAAGCAGUAUUCUGGAAAGUUUUUCUAAGACUAGUGAAGAACUGAAGGAGUCCUGCAUCCUUUUUUUUUUAUCUGCUUCUGUUUAAAAAGCCAACAUUCCUCUGCUUCAUAGGUGUUCCGCAUUUGAGGUGUAGUGGAAUCUUUGCUGUCCACCAGAUGUAAUGUUUUAGUUCCUUACAAAUAUUUCGGGGGAGGGAAAGGGCGCGUGAGACUAACAUUGACAUUUUGAAACAGCAGCAGAGAGAGUGGAUUUUAUUUUUGUUCAUUGUUGGUGGUAAAUUGUCAUGUUUUCUGUAACUAUUGUGAACACCUAGCUUUACGUACACUGUAUUUUUUGAAGGGGGGGGGAGAAUACUGGUAGUCCACGUGUCCCUGGCAUCCUUUUAAGAGCAGUGUGCAGAAUGUAAUGCUCUUUUGUAAGAAACGUUUAAUGAUUUUUAAAUAAAUUUAGUGAACCUAUUCUUGGUGGUCAUUAUUUUUAGAUAUAUGCAUAAGGUAAUAUCUAAAAUGGAUAAACCCUUCCUCUCCCCCCUUCCUGCAAAAAGAUGCAUAAAUGAAAGUUGCUGUUAAGCUUGCUCUUCUGCUUCUUUGAUAUAGAUGGAGUUAAGUGUUCUUGGUAAAUUAAAGAAACAGUGUGAAGACAAUGGCUCAGCUUUGCUAUCUGGGGAAAAAAAUGCAAAAAUACUCAUGCAUAUGUUGUGUAAAAUUUGACUUUUUCGCAAGUGUUUGGCCCUCUUCGCAGUACAUAUAUAUAUUGGUGACAGUAUAUGAAUAAAGUAUUUAAAAACUUUGUGAUGUCACUGAGUUACAGUGGUAAAGUACACCUAAUUCUAGACAGCUUAAUGCAAAUUACACUGUUAGAAAUGGCAGUUGGUGUACCAUUAACGAUUGAUUUCUAGUUUUCAGAGCUUUCAUUUGUAUGCAGUAGAAAUUUUUAUGAUUUGGCGAAUUUACAGCAUCUUAACUCUGUAA